UGGAAUGUCUCCCAUGAAAACAAAAAUAAAUGGCCACCGUUCUUGUUACGUUCUUCCUAAUCAUAAGAAUUUGUGUUUGUAAAAUGGACGCCGAUAGCUUGGAAACGCUUAGGGAAGGAAACUCGCAUCAGCGAGUAAAACGGUGGAGUAUGAACUCACAAAGAUUGGAAGAGAUCGUGGCGGAGUUGAUGAAACCUAUUAGUGAUGUUCGCCGCAGUUUUGAUACAGACCUUUGUGCGCUUUUAGAAGAGUACCUAACAGAGGCUGGUCUUCGUGCGCUAGAGGCGAGUGAAGGUGACAGUUCCGGUGAAGAAAUUGAUGUGGUCCCAAACUUUGCGGAGCUGGCACUUGUUCUGCAGCACUCUGCGAGUGUGUAUGGUCGUAAAGUUGAUUACCUUUACCAACAUGUUCUACGAGUUAGUGACUCUUUGCAUAAUAGUGUCAGUGAAUCAGUGAGCUCCGGUGAAGAAUCACAAACACCGAAUACCAGCCGUCGGAAGCGGAAAGCUUCAAUAAACAAUGAGUUUACUACCAUAGAACUGGAGGAGUGUCCUGGCUGCAGGCGAGAGCUGGAUGUCACCCGACCUCCGCCUACAUUGCCCAGGUUGUAUUUACAGCUGGAGCCCCGCGUGCCCACAGCAUAUGAUGCACAGCUCCUGGAUUAUGAAGGGGAACCUAUCGGCAUGUUAGCUGAUCUACAUGUCACUUGGAGAUUACAGAAUGGUUUCCUAGUCGAUGAUCUGGCGGAACCGCCAGUAGAUAACGAAUCUAUAGGAGCUACGCAACGCCCAAUGUCCCUGACAGAACUGCAGAUUGAGUUCGACAACGGCGCCCCACCAGACUCACCCCCUACUUGCUCCACACCCCUGCCCAUCACCAACCGAGUAAUCAAAGAUGAGCAUGAUGAGCAUAAUGAGGAACCAAGGCCAAUGGAAAUGCUAGAUCUAUCACCGAUACUGGACGAACCAGCUAAGAAGAAGUUAAAGAGGAAACGGAUGUCGCUAGAUGAUGUAGUCAAUGUUUCUGUCACAUUAAUGAUUACUGAUGAACAAAAGAAAAGAAAUCGUGAAGAACAUGAGUUCUGUUUACCCGAUAAGUGGAUAGCGCGUGUGAUAGAUAAACGGAAGAAACGCGCCCUUAUAGUGCGUAAAGAAUUACUAGCACAUGAACCUAGGCCACCUAACUUAGAAUUUCGCGGCAUUAUAGAACCUACAGAUAUGGAAGGUUUCCUGGGCUGGAGCAAGUCUGAGAUCGCGGCGGCGCGCGCGGCGGCCAAGCGGCCCGAGGACUCUGAUGAUGAUGGCUUCUUCGAGCAGAGCUGGUUCGCGGAGUCCGCGGAUGACACACCCUCGCAUAUUUCACAACGCCAGAACUCCAGUGAAUCAGGCACGGAGCAGCUCGUGACUGACUCGGACUGGCAGUCGUGGCGUGCGGAGGUGGUCCGCCGCGCUGCCCUCAGCGAGCGUCGUGUCGUCGACAUCCAGGCCUCCGCCGCGGUGCUGCUCAAGCACGUUCAGCAGCAGCACGGCCACGACCAGGACCUCGUCCACUGCGAUAGACUACUCUCCAUCGCUAAAGAACAAACUGAUGUCUCCAAGUUGUUCUUUGCGACGCUUUUCCUGGCUAAUGCUGGCAACAUAGAAAUGGUGCAAGGUCCACCAUUAACCACAAACUCUUUCUCCGUACGUCUGUUGUCUACGGACGAGCGACUGUACCGCACGGUGAUGCAGCAAGACUCGGAGCAACCUCUCCCACGGUGAAGUGAUGGACAUGUGGAUGAUACUAUGUGAUGAAGACUGUGUGUGAUGAACAGUGAAUGAAGUAAACUGAUGAAUUGUGAUGAAGCUCAACAUGUGUUGUAUUUUGCAAGUUCAAAUCAAAGUGUUCGUUAUCUAAAUUCAAGCACAAUGGGACCAGAAAUAUAUUUCCGGUGUUGGAAUUAUUGGUAGGGUUUCUGGAAAUCUGUGCCAUGAGUUUCUGUAAACAGUGCUUUUGCGUAGGGCGCGGUUGGAUUACGCCCAGGGCGCUGGACAGAAAGACCAGAGCUGGUAAGACCCUAAAGCUUGAAAAAAUGUCGCCCAGGGCGGCUAUUAACACUACAACUAAUAUCUGUAAAUAAUCGUAAUUAAUGUUACAAAGUACAAUGUGUUCUGAUAAAUAUCGUAGUUUGUAACCUAGACUUUGGAAGGUUUGAAAAAAAUCAGUUGAAAACGAUUUUGCACAGUUAUUUUGGACAAUAUCUUCAUUUUAGCAAAAUUGGAGAUUUCUUUCCCCUCUAAAUGUUUUAUAUUUACACUCUUCAUGUUGUCUAUUGUCUAUGGUCAAUUGUUUUUGCAUUCUAUGUCUAUUGAGUUCAAAACUUGUAGAUUAUUAUCGGUAAUGAGGGUUGCAAAAGUAUAGCCGAAUCAUCCAGAAACUUAGCAGUAUUAUUUAUGUAUAUCAAAAACACUAUUAUCUAUGGGUGCUAGCUACCAAAUGCUAAAACUAAGGUUCUCUCUAUGGUCAGCUGUCUUUACUUUAAAAACUUUUGGUUUCCACUAACUAAAGUUGUGCAAAUGUUUUUUUUCUUCUCUUUAUUUUUGAAGAGAAUAACUACAUUAAAAUUCAAUUUCAAUUGCAUUUGCAUAAAUACUACAAUCUAAUGCCAUAGUUGCAAAUUUUCUUAUUUUUAACUUUAAAAUUAGUGUUUGGACGAAUCUACUAAAUUUACUAUAUAAAUGUUUGUUUACACUCGGACAGAUGUUUUGAUCUGCCAGAUUUUUCGAUAUUUUCUUAAGAAUUUAUCUCAUGUACAUACAGGCUGUAAGAGAAUGCUUUAAAUGUUGUAAUAGAUAAGACGCGUUUGAGCCUGAUUUUGAAGGAUUUUUGCCGAUUAAAAUAUGGUUAUUAUGCUCAAAGUUUAUUAUUGUUUUUGAUUAUUAGUAUUUUAUUUCUAUUUCUUUUGUGUU